AGAUGGCGGCGUUGGUGGCGGCGCCCUCCUGACAGGAACUGCUCUCCGGGCAGAAGUGGUCGGGCGCGGUGCCCGUCCCAGCGGGUCUCCCGGGCACCCGGCCACCGCCCCACCCCCACCCCCCUUCCGCGCCAUGGAGCCCGAGCUGGCGGCCCAGAAGCAGCCCCGGCCGCGGAGGCGAAGCCGCCGGGCCUCCGGGCUCAACGCGGACGGCGCCGGGGGACCUUCGGCCGACACCCCCAGGCCUGAGCUGGACGGCCGAUAUUCCCUUCGGAGAGGUAGCUCCUUCACAUUUUUAACACCUGGCCCCCAUUGGGACUUCACUUUGAAAAGAAAGCGGAGAGCAAAAGACGAUGAUGUCGUAAGCCUUAACAGCCUUGAUCUGAAGGAGCCAAGCAAUAAAAGAGUUCGACCUCUCGCUCGGGUCACAUCCUUGGCAAAUUUGAUCUCUCCUGUAAGAAAUGGAGCAGUCCGACGCUUUGGUCAAACAAUUCAGUCAUUUACCCUUCGUGGUGACAGCAGAUCCCCGGCUUCUGCCCAGAAGUCAUCAAGCAGAUCCACAGUUCCAACACCUGCCAAAAGGAGAAGCAGUGUCCUGUGGUCAGAGAUGUUAGAUGUCAGUAUGAAAGAGUCUUUAACUACCAAAGAAAUCAAACGUCAGGAGGCAAUAUAUGAAAUGUCCCGAGGUGAACAGGAUUUAAUUGAGGAUCUCAAGCUUGCAAGAAAGGCCUACCAUGACCCUAUGUUAAAGCUGUCUAUUAUGUCAGAAGAGGAACUCACCCAUAUAUUUGGUGAUUUGGACGCUUACAUACCUCUCCAUGAAGAUUUGUUGACAAGAAUAGGAGAAGCGACCAAACCUGGUGGAACAGUGGAGCAAAUUGGUCACAUUCUUGUGAACUGGUUGCCAGGCUUGAAUGCUUACAAAGGCUACUGUAGUAACCAGCUGGCAGCCAAAGCUCUUCUUGAUCAAAAGAAACAGGAUCCACGAGUCCAAGACUUCCUCCAACGAUGUCUUGAGUCUCCCUUCAGUCGAAAACUAGAUCUUUGGAGCUUCCUAGAUAUUCCUCGAAGUCGCCUGGUCAAAUACCCUUUACUGUUAAAAGAAAUUCUUAGACACACUCCAAAAGACCACCCUGAUGUUCAGCCUCUGGAGGAAGCUAUACUGAUAAUACAAGGAGUUCUCUCUGAUAUCAACUUGAAGAAAGGUGAAUCAGAAUGCCAGUAUUACAUUGACAAACUGGAGUAUCUAGAUGAAAAGCAAAAGGAUCCUAGAAUUGAAGCAAGCAAAGUAUUGCUCUGCCAUGGGGAGCUGAAAAAUAAAAAUGGACAUAAACUUUACAUAUUCCUGUUUCAAGACAUUUUGGUUUUGACUCGGCCUGUUACACGAAAUGAGCGUCACUCCUACCAGGUUUAUCGGCAGCCAAUCCCUGUCCAAGAGCUGGUCUUGGAAGACCUGCAGGAUGGAGAUGUGAGGAUGGGAGGGUCCUUUCGAGGGGCUUUCAGCAACUCAGAUAAAGCUAAAAAUAUCUUUAGAGUUCGCUUCCAAGACCCCUCUCCAGGCCAGUCCCACACUCUGCAGGCCAAUGACGUGUUCCACAAACAGCAGUGGUUCAACUGCAUCCGUACCGCCAUUGCUCCUUUCCAGCAGGCCACCAGCCCGGCCGAGCUGCAGGGUUUGCCAGAGCUCCACGAGGAGUGCGAGGAGAACGACCCCUCUGCCGGGAACGUCCGAGCCCUGAGAAGGGCGUCCACGGUGUCUAGUGGGACUCAGGUCCAAGUUGCUGGAGACGCUUCAGAAUGCGGCUCCCCAGUGCACACAGCAGGUGACACGAAGAGUGUGAAAUUUCACCAAACGCAGUCUAGCUUCCGAAAAGCAAGAGACAAAGCCCAGUGCAGUGGCAAACAGAAAGAGACUCUGGUAUAAAGGAAGUUCUGUGUAUUAACUGGUGGAGAGACUGUUUAUUUAUAAAUGUGUACAGUUUGUUUUUUCUUGUAAUGUGAGCGUGGGAGCAUUGCAGGGCUACUUAAUACCAGUCUUAACAUUUUCUAUGUUUUUGGUUGGUUUUGGUGGUGGUUCCUUUUUUUUUUUUUUUUUAAAUGGCAGC